AGUAGGACAUGACACCGCAGAGUUGUGGGAUGGAAACCACUCCCCAUCACAGGACACUACACUCUGAGCCAGCCAGGAACUGUGGACAGCAAAAUGCCCCAAGGCCAUAGGACAAGGCUGUCCCACCCCUCCAAGACCAGCAUAAAAGCCAGCCCAGAGCCUCUCUCCCUCACACACUUCUCCUCACACCUUCUCCUCCUGCUCCUGCUGAUAUCAAGGGACCCUCCACACCACACCCAUGGCCUGCUACGACCUCUGCCGACCCUGCGGACCCACCCCGCUGGCCAACAGCUGCAACGAGCCCUGUGCCCUGCAAUGCCAGGACUCCCGCGUCAUCAUCAACCCUUCCCCUGUGCUGGUCACCCUGCCAGGACCCAUCAUGACCUCCUUCCCCCAGAGCACCGCCGUCGGAUCCACCUCCUCGGCUGCCGUGGGCACUGAGCUCAGUGUGCAGGGACAGCCCAUCUCUGGGGGAUUUGGUGGCUUUGGCUAUGGGCUGGGCUAUGGCCGUGGAUUUGGCUAUGGCGCCCUCUCCUCUCCCCUGCUCCCGGGCACGGACUACAUUUCCCAACGAGCCAAGCGGCAGUGCCCGGUGACGGAGGCGGAAGAAGCCGAGCGUAGCCGAACCUUUACCGGGGCGAAACGAACCGAGUCGAGCGAAGCCGAACUCAGCCGAGCCCCCAAUGAGCUGACCCGAGUGACCCCGAAUCCAGCCGAGCCCCCAGAGAGCCGAGAGUAA